GAGAGGAAAGGCGGGUGGGGGCAAUCCCAAGCAUCAAGAGCUUUUCAGCCAUAUGUGUGUAAAAAUUCUCUUUCCAUAUCACGUGACACAAGGAAGAGGCUCAAACCCAUUACACAAUAAUAAAAAUAUGCUUUUGGCAAAGUUGAGCCAAAACCUGAAGCUGCUGCAGGAAGCUGGGAAUAGCAGCGAAAGGAAUAAACUUUUUAAAACGCCGUUUGAGGACUUGAAUUUUCAAGCUACCCUCAGAAAGGAAGUUGCCUGCAGAAAUAACUGGGAUUCAUGCUAAACUGUGUGACAACGAUUUGCAAUGAAACAUCUGCUUAAGAUUCAGUAGAUUUUCCAGUGCAGGGUCAAGAAAGAAAAAGAUUAGUCCUGACGAGAUUAGUCCUGAUAUUCAGAGAAGAGUGCUAGAGAACUGUCUGGAAGCUGGUUAGAUUGAACAAAAACUCAUCUUAUAUUAAGUUUCACCAUGAUCUCUGUGGUUCUGCUCAUCUGGACCGUGCCUUGUGUAGCUAAUCAGCUUCUCAGUGGCUUUGUUAAAGGAGAAUUUCAAAAAGGUUCCCACCAGCUCAUAUGCAGCAUGCCAGGGCCACAGGGCCCUCCUGGCCCCCCUGGAGCACCAGGGUCUCCAGGAACAAUUGGGCGAAUGGGGUUUCCAGGAAAGGAUGGAAAAGAUGGUGAGGACGGGGAGAAAGGAGAGCAUGGCGAGGAAGGUCCCCAAGGCAGAACCGGAAACCCAGGCAAACCAGGACCAAAGGGGAAAGCAGGCGCCAUAGGCAAAGCAGGACCACGAGGUCCAAAGGGCAUUAAGGGGAAUCAUGGGAAAAAUGGAGCGCAAGGAAAGAAAGGACCCAAAGGGAAAAAGGGUGAUACUGGGAUGCCAGGACCAUGCAGCUGUGACACCAAAAAGGCCAAAUCUGCCUUUUCCGUCGCAGUCACCAAAAGCUACCCGAGAGAGAGGCUGCCCAUCAAAUUUGACAAGAUCCUUAUGAAUGAAGGAGAGCACUACAAUGCUUCCAGUGGGAAAUUUAUAUGCAGCAUUCCUGGUAUUUACUACUUCACUUACGACAUCACUUUGGCCAAUAAACACUUGGCCAUUGGGUUGGUCCACAACGGGCAAUACCGAAUAAAGACUUUUGAUGCCAAUACUGGUAACCACGAUGUGGCCUCUGGAUCAACCAUUAUUGCCCUGAAGCAGGACGAUGAGGUGUGGUUGCAGAUCUUCUACUCGGAACAAAACGGGCUCUUUUAUGAUCCCUACUGGACAGACAGUUUAUUUACCGGCUUUCUCAUAUAUGCUGACCAGGAUUCUCUCAAUGAAAUAUAAGAAGAGACUGUCAAAAAAUAGGAAGCGAGUUUGGGAGCUUAUACAAGCAAAGUACAGCUUUAAGUACUUAUGUGUGAGAAUCAUAGGACUCUGCAUUCUUAGAGCUGUAACGCUGCAUUGGCUAGUUGGAAGUCUCCCAUACCGUUAAAGCAUUGUAUUUGAAUGUCAUUUAAGUUUUAGCACAAGCUCUUUAGUUGCUGUGCUUUCCUAGAACCUUUACCUAGCGAUAAAGGGAAGAUACUCAGCAUACAGUUUACUUGGAGGUGGGGAGCAAUUAUCACGUGGUUGAUAUCAGGUGUUUCCCACCAGGAUUGUCCUUUUAUUGGGUUUGUACAGCGCAUAGCAUAAUGGGCUCCGAGGUGCUACAGUAAUACAAAUAGAGUUAGGAUCGGUCAGACCACUUUAAAGUACCCUUAAUGAUUGUUUUUUACAGUCCUUGAAGUUGUCUGUUAUAUUUUCCUCUACCAAGCAGAUACGCUGUGGUCAGAUUACUAUAACUUGUAUUGUAUUACUAUAACUUGUUAUAACUAUAACACCAAUGCAGAAUCUAUAUCUUUAUUUUUUUUAAAUUACAAAAAAUGAGCCAAAACAUCUAUUUCCUGCAGCCUCGUAUCGGAAGCACUGUUAUAGACAAUAUCUAUCCCCCUGCAGAAAGGAUCUUCAUUAAUGCAAAGUCGAAGUUCAGUAACCACUAAAGAGUCAGGCAGUUCUCUGUUAAGAUUCUAACAGCAGCUUCGUAAGUGCAUUAUCAAUGGGCAAAGCAGCCUGGCCAAAAUAGCACUGGUACAAAGACCUCAUCUUAGCCCCUUCAUAGUCAAUGGUACAGCUUCCUGUAAGAUACUGGCCGCUCUCCACUCCCAUUCAAUGGGUAUUAAUGGCACUCAGUACCUUUCAGAAUGCAUCCAAUAUUCACAAAAUCAGAUUUUAAGAGAGACCUGAACUGGAAUCCUGGAUCUGAUUCCACACAAGUUUUGGUAAAGUUGGUAUCUGGAUCUGGACCCAAGUGUCACAUCUCAGGACUGCAUGGGCCAAAUGGCCCAGUGAGAUUCUGAUCCAAAUCUGGCAUUUGGGCUCAUGCCUCAAGCUGAGGACAAACUUUUAUUCCAUGAACUGUUGUGUUAACUUCUCUCCCUAGCUUUUGCUGUGCAGGAUCUGUGUGCUGCUGCUAAGGCUCUUUUCUAGGGCUUUAAUGCAUACACACAUAUCCAAUUCCUAAGUAUGGUGACCCACUGCUACAAGAUAUUUGUUUUCAGCGUACCAUGGUAAAACAUUACUGAUGCUCUGGAAUCAGCCACAUUCAGGUUUGUA